ACUUGGGAUUAGUCUAGAUACUUUUAGAAAGUUAAACCUUUUUCUGCGAUGAAGUAACGCAUAAAUUCUUGAUUUUCAUCUAGUGUUCUAAUCUUUGAAACAUACUCGAGGACAAAGUUUACUCCGGGUAUUCCCUCUUCUUCCGUGAUAUCGAAGAAAAUCAAAUUCAUCGACAUCGUUCGGUAGGUUCCAGAAAUAAAUGAAAAGUCAAUACAAAGAGGCCUGGAUAAAAAUAGUUUCGCACAGAGCCAAGAGGCGCGAGAGGCAUUCCAGGAGCAGCUUUCCAGUUUGCUGCGGAUAGCGGCGAGAUUAGAAAAGAUCGAAGAGUAUCUAGGGUACUUUCGACGGGUCUAACAUGGCCUAAGAGGGACUCGUCUAUCGUCACUGACGAAGAAGGCGCAGGUGCACGUUGCAGCAGUGAAAGUAUCCGCGUGCAGUUACGAUCCGGCAUCUGUCAAUGCCCUCUUGCAUAGUCAGUCUUGGUCUAGCGGUGCCGUUUAGCCGGGGACCAGCGAUUUGAAGCACGCUCGUCGAAAGUAUCGGUGUCCGUCGAGUCUAGACGAGGAUCACACUCGGAGUCCAGGUGGAUCUGGCCAGUAGGGUACCACGGAUCCUUGGAAAAAGUCUUGGAAACGGUCGCAGGUCCAGUUCGAUCUCUGAAUCAGGUCAAUUAACUACGACCACGAUGAUCGGAUCGGCGCUCUGUCUCCUACUCCUCGUUGCGGGUGGUUCGACUACUCUCUCCGUCGAUUCGAACCCGGAAUACGUGAAGCAGUGUUCGAGGAGCGAUCCAAAGUUGAAAGCUUGUCUGAUCGAUGCCCUCCACCAUCUGAGACCAUAUCUAAGAGUCGGAAUACCGGAAAUCGAGCUGCCCUCGGUUGAGCCGUUUCGUAUGGGCGAGCUGACUCUGUCUCUGACAGGUGGUACAAACGGUUAUAAGGUACAGCUACGCGAAUUGUUCGUAAAGGGAGCGAGCAACUACACCGUUGAGGACAUUAAACUCGGCUCACCCUUCGAAGCUAUUGUACGAAUGCCAGCCCUUAUCUUGGACGCGCAUUAUUCUAGUGCAGGAGUAUUAAUCAUUCUACCAGCCAGUGGUAACGGAACGUUUCACGCUCGUUUCGACGACGUCAAAGCUCUGGUCAAGGGUACCGUUUCCACAAAUGCGAGAGAUGGAAAGACGUAUCUUAACGUUGAAAAUCUCGAUGUCGUUCUGGAUGUGAAACACGUACAAAUGAGAGUCCGUAAAUUCUUCAACAAUAAUCGUAUACUGACCGAAGCAACCAACCUGUUCCUGAGAGAGAACGGACAGGAAGUGCUAAAGGUGAUGGAACCACAGUUAAAAAAGAAACUGUCCGUACUGUUUGCUGGCAUUGUCAAUCAAUUGUUACGCCACGUGCCCGUCGAAGUAUUCCUGCUACCUUGAACGUACCUUCUCCAUUGAUAUUUUGUUGUUACCGUGGCCGCUGGUAUUGUCGACUCUUCUAACAAACGAGCAUAAGCUAGCAAGCUACAUAAAACAAAAAAAAAGCGGUUAGAAUUAGGACAAUCUACGUUGUAAGUAGAGGUGUAUCGCACGAAUGAUUUAUAAUUUGGGUUGUCUGGGAUAUCGGGGUAAUGUGGGCAUAGUUAAGUUUACUCUCCAAAAUAAAAGAAAAUAGUAGUAGUACAACACGUUUGUUUAUAUAUUAUAAACGACUAUUAUGUACGGAAUAUGUAUGUAUAUAGUUUAAUAAGAUGGAUUUUUAUUUGCAAACACGCAACGAUCAUUGCGAAAAGAAAUAUGGUAACAUGUAGUGGUGCAUGUGGCACAUAUGCGGAGAAUAUAGGUAGGAUGAAUUUGAUUGUAUUCCAUUGGAAAAAUAGUAUGAAAUAAACGUAAAUAUCAAUA